AUGACCAAUAAUUCAUCAGCGAUAUCCUCUACCAUAAGUCAAUUUACAAGCGAAUUUAUAGUUGAUGAUCAAGAGGAGGAAGUGAGCUCGCCUGUUCCUCAGUCUAUCGCCGAACCUUAUGGCGGGAUAUCACAGGAUUAUCGAGAAGAUACUGUGUUUAUACUGGAUAUUGAAGCAGAUGCCAAGCAGCCAGGCACUUUGACAGGUGAACAGUGUCCGAUUUCAGAUAUCAUGAACAAUAGCUAUGGGUACCUUGGCUCGCAGUACCCUUAUUGGCGUCGCAUUCUUUCCGAUGAUUACAUGCGCAAUACUCCACUUGAUGAUACCACAGCUGCCACAUCACCAACGAAAUCAACCACCCAACUCGUUUUAUUGCACAUUGACGAUCAUGCUUGGGCCUCUGUUGUUCACUAUUUAACCGCUUCAAAAUUCUUGCAAACGCCACAAAUUUCUACCAAGCUCUGCUUAGAUUCUGGGGACGCCACAAGUCAACUGCCUGCAUCACAAAUCAAACUAUUGCGACAAAAAUUACCCAUCACCGAGGAAGCGCGCGAGGAUUGGCAUGACAAUCGAAAAAUUGAUGCAUGGAGACGUGCCUUGUUGGCGAAAUUCGCUCAGAAUGAUGACUUGCAAAGAGCACUGAUACUGACAGGAUGGGCCAAACUGGUGGACAAGAACGGACAACCUCAACAUCUUUUAAUGUGGGUGAGAGCAGUGCUGAGAGGGGAGCAGCAAACUGUCAAAGAUCAACCGAUUGCAACUCCUACAGCAUUAAAAGUGAAGGAUGACAAACAUCUGGAAGAGGCUCUUCGUGUGUUUGAAGGAUUGUUUGGUAAAGAUAAGCAACACAUGUUGGCCUCGAUACUGAGUGGAGACGUCAGUUUGGAUCAUCUAAAGGAGGAAUUGGAGACUAAAGUAGUGGAAGCAAAGCCAGUAGAAAUAAAGGAUGCCGUGGGUUAUUUAGAACAAAUCAAAACAGAUGAACCUCCACAAACAUAUAACAAAUUUCUUGAAAUCAUGACAGAUUUUCGAUCAGAAAAAAUCAAUACCCCUCAAGUCCUCGAACGUGUUACCUUAUUGUUCAAAGGAAAGCCAUGGCUAAUCCGUAAUUUUUUGAUGUUUUUACCACCCGGACAUAUCCUUGAUUUAUCGCCUGAAGACACAUCAGAUUCCAUCUAUAUUACAUCACCUAAUGGAGGCAAAAUUGUAAUCAACACAGUCCAAGGAGUAGUGACAUUUGAAUGA